AUGUCGGAAGAAAAUUUGAGACCUGCUUAUGAUGAUGCAGAAAGUGAAGAAGCGGUAAAAAGAGGAGCUCAACAUAAAUGGACGAAGGCUCGUAAAUCAGAUUUCGAUGAUGCCGAUGGCAAAAAGAAGAAGAAGGAUGACGGUCACGUUGCAAAAAGACCUAGAACUGAAUGGGGGGCACGUCCUCCCCAACUUGAUGCUGAGGGCAAGGUUAUUCCUACCGAACCAAGAUUACCAAAGAGAAAAGUGGUCGUUAUGGUUGGUUAUUGCGGUACCGGUUACUGUGGUAUGCAAUAUAAUCCACCAAACCCAACAAUUGAAGCCGCAUUGUUCAAGGCAUUUGUGGAAGCUGGUGCCAUUUCAAAGGAUAAUUCGAACGAUUUGAAAAAAAGUGGAUUCAUGCGAGCUGCAAGAACUGAUAAGGGUGUUCAUGCUGGUGGGAAUUUAGUUUCUUUAAAAAUGAUUAUCGAGGAUCCUCAAAUCAAAGAAAAGAUUAAUGAGAAAUUACCUGAAGGUAUUCGUGUUUGGGAUAUUGAACGUGUUAAUAAAGCUUUCGAUUGCAGAAAGUUGUGUAGUUCUCGUUGGUACGAAUAUCUAUUACCAACCUACUCCUUGAUAGGUCCUAAACCAAAUUCAUGUUUAUUUAAUGACAUUGAAGAAAGUAAGCUUGAAGUUCCCGGUGUAAUUGAGGAUGAUAUAGAAUCUAAGACAUUCUGGGAGGGAGUUAACAAGGAACUUGCUGAAACAUUUACGAACGAGGAAUUAGAAGCAAUUAAAAAUUAUUUUCCACCUCCAAGAGAUGAAUUCGAAGAUUCUGAAGAACUUUAUCUAAAAGUGAAGAAGUAUAAGCAAAUUGAGAAUGCUCAUCGCAGAAAAUAUCGUAUUUCCAAUGAAAAACUAACUAAGUUCCGUUCCACCAUGGAACAAUACUUAGGUGCUCAUAAUUUCCACAACUUCACUCUUGGUAAAGAUUUUAAAGAUCCCAGUGCUAUCAGAUUUAUUAAGGCAAUCAAGGUGUCAGACCCAUUUGUCAUUGGUGAUGCCAAGACUGAAUGGGUUUCAAUUAAGAUUCAUGGUCAGUCCUUUAUGCUACAUCAAAUUCGUAAAAUGGUUUCUAUGGCCACAUUAGUUACACGUUGUGGUUCUCCAACUGAGCGUAUUACACAAGCUUACGGUGUCCAAAAGAUUAAUAUUCCAAAGGCACCUGCCUUAGGUUUGUUACUGGAAGCUCCUGUUUAUGAGGGAUAUAAUGCUAAAUUACAAGAAUUUGGUUACAAGGCAAUCGAUUUUAGUAAUUAUCAAACAGAAAUGGAUGCUUUUAAGAUGAAACAUAUUUAUGAUAAGAUUUAUAAAGAAGAAGUUGAUGAAAAUAUUUUCAAUGCCUUCUUUAGUUACAUUGACAGUUUCAAUAAAGUUACAGGAUUUCAAGGGGAAGAAACAGAGACCAAGAAAGGAGCAAACGUUCAAAAGAGUAUUUUUGAGUUCCUUACGGCAAGAGGUAUCCCAGAAGAUGAAACUAUCGAAACAAAGAAAAAUGAUGAUGUGAAAUCUGAAGUGGAGGUUAAUCCUGACACAACCAAUACGAACGUCGAAGAAGUCGUCACUGAAACACCUGUUGCAGAGGUGGUAUGA